AGAGAGAGAGAGAGAGAGAGAGGAGGGGUGGGGUGGAGAUGAUUAACAUUAUUAAUAAUAUUGGUAUAGUUAUUAUUAUUGUGGGUGUGGUGUCGGUGCAUUUUGUAUCUUAGUCCUUUCUCUCUCUACUCUUUCUCUCUCAUAAAGCUUUCUUCUUCGGCCAACGUGUCUCUCUCUCUCUCUGCCUGCCUGCCUGCCUGCGUCUGCCUCCUCGUCGUCUUCCUCCUCUUUGUUCAUCUAAAUCUCAGAUGACAACAAAAACCUCUGCAGAGUCCCUAACUGAAAAAGCUACAGUCCACUGCACCAUGCCUGCUCCCUCUUUCUCUCUCAUCCAUCAAAGUAAAUAAAAAACCUCCUCGCAGCUGAUUACUGUACACACACCCUCCUUCGUUUUUCAGAGAAAAAAACACAGCUUCGACUAUGGAGGUGAACGCCGCCGCCGCCGCGUCGGCGAGCCGCCGGAGAAACGAGAAGCCUUACAAAGGGAUAAGGAUGAGGAAGUGGGGGAAGUGGGUCGCGGAGAUUCGGGAGCCCAACAAGCGCUCCCGUAUCUGGCUGGGAUCUUACUGCACCGCCGUCGCCGCCGCCAGGGCCUACGACACCGCCGUCUACUACCUCCGGGGACCCACCGCCAAGCUCAAUUUUCCCGACCAAAUCUCCGUCUCCGGCCUGACGGAUCUCUCCGCCGCCUCCAUCCGGCAGAAGGCGAUUGAAGUGGGCUCCCGCGUCGACGCACUCCACAGCAGCCACAGGUCGACGCCGCCGCCGCCGCCGCCGCCGCCGCAGGAGCAUGGAGGAGUCGUGGCCGCCGUCAAGCCCGAAUGGCUCCAUGAAGGGAUCGAUCUGAACAAGAAGCCCGAGCCCGAAGACCCCGCCGACCAUUGGUGACCGACCCACCGACCGACCUUCCAUGGCAGACCCAAAAUUAAAUUAAAAUUAUGAAUAAAUUAUUAAUUAAAUUAAUAAAUAAUUCCUCCCCCCCUAUAUAUUAUAUACCUUUAUUUUUAUUUCUUUCAAGUAUAAAUCAAUCCUCCUACUCUUUUGUAGCCAUAAUCAAAAUCAAUCCUGAUGAGAGGUGUCGAUGGUAAAUCCACCUCGAAGAAAUUACAAAAUUUUCUAGUCC